AUGGACGACGACGACCUCCACGGCGGCAACGGCAAGAACAAGCCGCCGCCGCUGAGCUCGAGGCCACGCCGCUGCUACUGCUGCAGCGGAACCACGGCGGCCACGCUGCUCAUGUUCCUGCUCACCAACACCAUCUCCAUCCUCCUAGUCACCUCCGGCGCCGGGCCCUCCCUCCUCCGCCGCUACGGAAGCUACAGCAAGCCCGCCGCCACCAUCGUCCGCCUCUGGGACGGCUCCGCGGCGCUGCACGCGGACCUCAACGCCACGCAGGCCGCGCUCGCCGCCGGCCGCGCCGACCUCGCCGACCUCCACGCCCGCGUCCGCACCGCCAACGAGCUCCUCCACACGCUCCUCCAAGCCAUGCAGGACCACGCCAAGCAGGCGGAGCUCCCCGCGACGCCCACGACCAACGGCGGAUGGAAGCGCGAGCCCGCCGGGGAGCUCAGGCUGGCCGUCGUCGGUCCGCAUCAUCACGAGGUGACCGAGCCCGCCGCGGGGGAGGCCGUGUUCCCGGUGCUGGGCCACGCGUGCGUCCGCGUCCAGGACGACCUGGAGCGGUACAUGGACUACGCGCCCGGCGGGGAGUGCCCGUCCGACGAGUCCCUCGCGCACAGGCUCAUGCUCAGCGGCUGCGAGCCGCUGCCGCGCCGCCGGUGCCGACCGCGGUCACCCAAGGGGUACCCGCAGCCGCUGCCGCUGCCCAAGAGCCUCUGGACCACGCCGCCGGACACCACCGUGGUCUGGGACGCGUACGCGUGCAAGAACUACUCGUGCCUCGCGUCCUCCGCCGCCGCCGCCGGCGGCGACGGAUCAUGCUUCGACCUGCGGCGGCGCGGCGGGCGGGGGAAUAAUAAUAGUAAGCAGGCCGACGACAGAUGGACGCGCGACGACGGCGCGCUGUCCUACUCCAUCGACUCCGUGCUCGCGGCGCGGCCCAACGGCACGGUGCGCGUCGGCGUGGACCUCGGCGGCGGCUCCCCGUCCGGCACGUUCGCGGCGCGGAUGCUGGAGCGCGCGGGCGCCACCGUGCUCACCGCCGCCGUCAACUCCGGCGCGCCGUUCGGCAGCUUCGUCGCGUCGCGUGGCCUGGUGCCGCUGCACGUCACCGCCGCGCACCGGCUGCCGUUGUUCGACGGCACCAUGGACAUCGUGCACGCCGGGCACGAGCUCGGCGGUGGCUGUGGCGGCGGCGGCGGUGUGAUGCUGGAGUUCGCGCUGUUCGACGUGUACAGAGUGCUCAGGCCAGGGGGCUUGUUCUGGCUGGACCACUUCGUCUGCGCCGCCGCGCAGUUGAACGCGACGUUCGCGCCGAUGAUUGAUCACGUCGGGUUCAGGAAGCUGCGGUGGAACACCGGCCGGGGAAAGGAGAAGGACCAGUGGUACGUGUCGGCGCUGCUGGAGAAGCCCAUGGCAUGA